UCUCAUGGUCUUCUAUACUACAUAAAUAUGACGGUAGCUAUUUAGCUCUUCUAGCUAACAAUCUAGAUUAGGGCAUGUUUCCAAAAUACGUCUGAAUUAAGAGGACCCAUGAAAUGAUUUCACACCGGUCGUCUCGGGCACUAAAAUAAGAGAAACCACGCCGUCCAGGCGUCCCCCAAACACCAGUUGUCGAGUUGUUGAUGGAAAACAGGAGAGGUACAGAGGCAUGGGCAGAUUUGCGCUGAACUGACUCAUGGAGGAAAGUUUUACUUCUCGGUGUACUAAAAAAGGGGAGUUAAUGCGCAAGCGCGCACACAGGCGGGCGUGCGCGCACACGCAGGGCUUUCGAUCCGUGAUAUAAAAAAGGGCUGACAAUUUCUUUUGAAACCGGGACCAUGUUACAACAAAGUGAGCGGAUUGAUCAGAGAAAACCAGCGGGAAUGAGGCUGUGAAUCUGUAGACGUUGGCCAUGUGGACUGCAAUAUGAAGACAUUAACUCAAAAGAGAGCUCUGUCAGAAAUUUCUUCUCAUUUCUGUGACCUCAGGAUGGUUUUCCUCUGACCCUUGGCUGGAAAUACAAUCAAUAAUUAAAAGGACCAACUGGAAUAACCAUUCCUGCCAUUUUUCUUCUCAGGCGACAAUCAUUUUGGAUUGGAAACAAGUUUUAUAACCCCCUCAACUCCUCUGGCUGGCUCAGUGGGAAAGUAGACAAUCAAUAGCAAGUUCUGGGUUUAUCAUGUUAAAGUCUGAAGCACUGAUCUAGCACUGAUCACAUCACUUUUCAUUGAAAAGGGUCUGGCCUAACCAUGCUGCUGAAGAAAAAGUUGUGCAUCGCUGCCCUGUUCGGAGGCAUCCUGUUUUUUAUGAUUGCCUCUCACACCAUUCAGAAGAACAGCUUAGAGAUGGACAUGUCUGUUCACAGCAGUACCAGGGUUACACAAACCAAAACUGUAACUGACACUAGUCUACAUCGCUCGUGUGGCUGCUCAACCUGUAUCAAAGACCCGGGCGUUUCAGAGUGGUUCGACCAGCGCUUUGACUUUAAGCAGCAGCCUUACCUAAUUGAUGAAGAAAAUCAAAUAGAUCCAGUCUCAUUAAAGUGGUGGAUGAGCUUGCAGAGUUCAUCAAAUUUGUCCAUAAAUGAAAUAAUGAAGACGAUGUUUAAAGUGAUUUCCCGACCUGAGAAAAAAAGACAUCAGUCAAAUCAGUGUCAGAAAUGUGCUGUGGUUGGAAAUUCAGGAAAUCUGCUGCAGUCCAAGUAUGGAGAUUUGAUAAACAACCAUUCCGUUGUCUUCCGGAUGAAUAAAGCUGUGACUUGGGGUUUUGAGCAAUAUGUAGGGAACAAGACCACUCACCACAUCAUGUACCCCGAGAGUGCUGUGGAUCUGGCUCCUGGUGUACAUCUUGUCCUGCUACCCUUUAAAUUGAGAGACCUUGAGUGGGUGGCCAGUGCCCUUUCAACUGGCAAAAUCAAAAAAACCUACAUGAGAGUGAAAGACCUUGUGCAAGCAGAUAAAGAUAAGGUGAUGGUGGUGAACCCAAGCUUCUUUAAGUACACUCAUGACCGCUGGACAGAGCAACAUGGCAGAUAUCCUUCUACUGGCAUGCUGGCCAUCGUGUUUGCUCUGCACCUCUGUGAUGAGGUGUCAGUGUUUGGAUAUGGGGCAGACUCACAGGGUAACUGGCAUCACUACUGGGAAGACAACAAGUAUGCUGGAGCCUUCCGGAAGACAGGUGUCCACAGCGCUGAUUUUGAACACGGGAUCAUUCAGAAAUUAGAUGCAGAAGGCAAAAUUAAACUCUACUCAAAGGUGGAAAAUAAGUCUCCUAAUGACGUUAAAUGAAUGAAUCAAGGCCACAUAAGCAUAUGACAUACUGACACCGAGCCAAAGACGAGCCACAAGCAGCUGUGAUCCACCCAGCUAUUAAGUGACCACUGUGAGCGACGCUGAACCAAACCCACUGAAUAACAAGCUGUAUUCUCUCAAGACCAAACAGUCCUCUAUUAUUAUUAUUAUUAUUAUUAUUAUUAUUAUUAUUAUUAUUAUUAUUAUGUAAAUGCUCUGUUGUUAUAUGUGCCUUGUGUUUUAUGCUGAAAAAGUGCUUGUGAAGAUGCAGAAGCUAAGAAAAUUGGGAAUAUAAACACAGAUAUGGGGAGCAGCUUGAGGCUGAUUUGUAAAACACUGUGCUCCAACUAACAGCCUUAUAGACACUGGAGAUUUUAGACUGGUACAUCCUUAGACUCAGAGUAAAUUGCAAUGACCAAACCUAAUGGUUCAUGUCUAAGACAACGCUUGUACUGCAUCUGACAGCAAUAUAUAUUUUGUAUUAUAAAUUGACUUUGUAUUUUUACUACAUGGUUCAUUGGAGCAUAUGGAAAAUGGCAUUGUUUUUUUGGACUGUAAUAUGUACUGGAUAUACAUAUGGAUUUUUUUAACAAUCGAGGAGACAGUAUAUAAACACUUAUUAAAAGGAAAAGGCCAGGCUUUGCAGCUACAGUGUGUUGUAUAAGUUUUCUCACUUCCACCCUGCUCCUCCUAGACGUAAGGGAGUGAAUAUUUUGCAAUGCCGUUCUCAGAAUUGGACAUAUGUGGCAUUUCCACAGCAGCAAUGACCAAAACAAAAAGUUCAGUUUAGUAUCAGAUUACUCACUGAUAAUUUAGUUUCUGUAUCACAUGCAUAUGAACACUUCCUGCCUUUCUUAACAUGUGGUUUUAGUAAUAAGUGCGUCCUGGUUUUAAUCAUUGGAAUGAUGGACAGAAUUGAAACAAGGAUGCUCAGUGUCAUUGUGUUAUCAAUAUAAUGUGGUUCAAUUUAUCUUUCAGACUGGUGAAAAAGUGAGCCUUAAAUCAUUAGUUUUAUUUCAGUCUUUCUUGCCACAUUUCCUUUUUUAUAUGCCUGUGGUUUCAUUUGUGAUUUUAUGUUUGUGAAUGUAUUAAGUUUUUUUUUCCCUAUAGACUUCAUUGCCCUGUGUCAAAUAAGUGUUGUUUCUGUGGUCUACUGAGACUCAGUAUUGCCUUGAGCACACAUUCACUUAAAAGAUAAUCAUUCCAUUGAGAUGGAAGGAUAGAGAGAUAGAUAGAUAGAUAGAUAGAUAGAUAGAUAGAUAGAUAGAUAGAUAGAUAGAUAGAUAGAUAGAUAGAUAGAUAGAUAGAUAGAUAGAUAGAUAGAUGAAAUGCAUGAAAAUAAAUCAGUGGACAUGAAUGUUUUCAUUGCAUUAUUAUUUAAAAGUCCAAUAUUCAAAAUGAUAAACAACAAAAGGUUGAAAUUAAAUAGCAAAAAAAAAAAGAGAUCACUAAUACAGAUUACUGUGAGAUUUGUUUGAGAUAUUUUACAUAGUUUUUCAUUUCAGUUGUACUUCGUCAUAGAUUUGAAACAAAGAGAAACACUAUUUUCAUUUGUUAUUUCUCUGUAUUGGCAUUACAAAGCAUUAGCCACAGGCCUUACCUUGUACUCAAGUGUGCAAGUAGAAAAAUAAAGAAGUAAAUCACU